GCGGGUGCAGCCCUGGUCCGGCGCGGGUAAGAUUUUCCCGCGCCCAGAGUCUUGGUUUUGGAGGGACGGGGACCCGUAGGUUCCUUAGCGUCGCCCUUUCCAACCUUCCGUCAGUUGAGAUCUGACAAGAUCAAAGCUGCAGAAGAAUGGACAGUGAGGUACAGAGAGAUGGAAGGAUCUUGGAUUUGAUUGACGAUGCUUGGCGAGAAGAUAAGCUGCCAUAUGAGGAUGUUGCAAUACCACUGAAUGAGCUUCCUGAACCUGAACAGGACAACGGUGGCACCACGGAAUCUGUUAAGGAACAAGAAAUGAAGUGGACCGACUUGGCCUUACAGUAUCUCCAUGAGAAUGUUCCCCCUGUAGGAAACUAACACCUGGCUCCUUUCUCAUGGACAGAUUUUUGAAAAUUACAUAGAUACAAAAUGUUU